CAGGUAUAAACUGACCCUCACAGUCCAUCUUCUCCGCCCUUUCUUUCAGCAACAGCUACUGUAAUUUUGUAUGUGUUGACUAGUUAUAUUUAUGCUCUUGACGUUUCAUGCAAGUUGUAAAAGCCUCUGAACCCUAAUUUUCUACGACGAAACUCCGCGGCGGCGAUGAAAGCUGAGAUCAGAGGAAGCACAUCCUCGCUUCCAUUGCAGAGCUCAAGUCAUUUCAAUUCCUCCUCACAAAAUUCUCUAGCAGGUGCUCUGCACGGAUGUCUCGGAAACCUGGAUGGAGCAUGCAUAGAGAAGUUGCUUCUUCAUUGUGCAAGUGCCCUAGAGCAGAACGACGUCACUUUGGCCCAACAAGUCAUGUGGGUUCUCAACAACGUCGCUUCGGCUUCAGGUGAUCCGAAUCAGAGGCUGACGUCAUGGUUUUUAAGGGCGCUAGUCUCGAGAGCCUCUAGGGUUUGUCCUACGACGAUGGAUUUUAACGGCAGCAGCACGAUCAAGCGUCGUUUGAUGACGGUGACGGAGCUAGCUGGGUAUGUGGAUCUUAUCCCUUGGCAUAGGUUUGGAUUUUGUGCGACGAAUAGUGCCAUUUUUAAGGCAAUCCAAGGGUGCCCUAAAGUUCAUAUUAUAGAUUUUAGUAUCACUCAUUGUAUGCAAUGGCCUACGCUGAUAGAUGCGCUGGCUAAGAGGCCCGAAGGGCCUCCUAGCCUCCGGAUCUCAGUGGUGGCCUCGUGGAGGCCACCCGUUCCCCCUUUCUUAAAUGUCUCGAGUGAAGAAGUCGGGCAGCGUCUCGCGAAUUUUGCUAAAUUCGGAGACGUUCCUUUUGAGUUUAAUGUGAUAGAAGACUUAAGUAACUUCUCUAAUGACAAUACUUCUUCUAACUUCCACUAUGAUAUGCUACUAAGCAUGUUAAACCCCUCAGCUUUAGGCCUUAGGGAUGACGAGACAUUAGUGAUUAAUUGUCAGAACUGGCUCCGUUACUUGCCAGACGACCAAAAAGGAAAUGCCUCCCGUGAUGUUUUCCUUUGUAUGAUCAAGCGUCUUAAUCCCCGGAUUGUAACCGUCGUCGACGAGGACUCCGACUUGGGAGCCUUAAGUCUGACGUCUAGGAUCACCACUUGUUUCAAUUUCCUCUGGAUACCUUUCGAUGCUUUGGAAACCUUCUUGUCCAAAGACAGUACUCAAAGGGCGGAAUUUGAAGCUGACAUAGGCCACAAAAUUGAAAACAUAAUCGGAUUCGAAGGGGGUCAGCGAAUAGAGAGACUAGAGUCCGGGAUCCAGUUGUCACAACGGAUGAGUAAUUCGGGCUAUCUCAGUAUUCCAUUCAGUGAAGAAACCGUUAAGGAAGUUAAAGAAGUGUUGGAUGAACAUGCAAGUGGUUGGGGCAUGAAGAAUGAAGAAGACAUGUUGGUGCUAACAUGGAAGGGUCACAAUUCAGUUUACGCCACGGCUUGGGUCCCUUCCUGUGGAUUCGACGAAGAAUAAUUGAAUCAACCAACGACGUUAGCUAGCUCACUAAUUAAUAUGUUGUGGUAGCUAACUAGAUGAAGAAGAAUUAAUUAGAGCUGGUCUUUUUAUUUGUAAUUUCAUUAUCAUCUGUGAUCAGAAGGCUGCUGUUUUUAGACAGAGAGUAGAACUGUAGGAGUUGAAGAUUAUUAAAAGUAGCCAUGAUCACUUGAAAGGAAUAGCUAGAUCAGUGUGCUAGAGAUACAAAUGUGCACGGACUCUUUGUAUGAAGACAAAGAUGAUCACUUAGUUUCCUAACCCUUUGCAGCGCCUUUGCUUUACAGAUGUAAUUCUGAAUUAAGUAUGUUGCUAAUGCAGUUACUUCUUUUCCUCUUUUGGUUUUA